GCCCACCUCUAGCGACUCUUCUUCUUUCCUUUUCUUUUCGCUGCGUUUCCUGCGCGACGACAACACGUGCCUAGUUUCGUGAUUUCGGCAAUUUUGCAUAGUUUUUGCAUUAUCAGGAUUAUCUUUUCAAGAUGGUGAACGUACCAAAACAGCGUCGCACUUUCUGCAAGAAGUGCAAGGUCCACAAGCUGCACAAGGUGACGCAGUACAAGAAGUCCAAGGAGCGCAAGGGUGCUCAGGGCAGGCGUCGUUACGACAGGAAGCAGCAGGGUUUCGGAGGUCAGACCAAGCCUAUCUUCAGGAAGAAGGCCAAGACCACCAAAAAGAUUGUGCUGCGUAUGGAGUGCACCGAGUGCAAGUACCGCAAGCAAACUCCCCUCAAGCGUUGCAAGCACUUCGAGCUGGGCGGUGACAAGAAGCGCAAGGGACAGAUGAUCCAGUUCUAGGCUCCUUUAAACCGAAACUCUUUUUUGCUAACGAAGUGGUUUUAACUUGUUUUCGCGCCGCUCCAUUCCGGCAAAUAAAACAAAACAAACUUGUAGACGUAA